AUGGCUGGAUUGGAUUAUACUGUCGAAUUGCCCGUAGCAAAGACUCGCCUACGCCGACUUGGUUGCCUUGAACUGUAUCAAUCCGCCCUGCACAAUGUCCGACACUACUGCGGCACCACUGUCACUUGCCGCUAUCUCCUCCCUCCAUCAUUGGCAAGUUUCGACAUGCAAAAGGAAGUAGUGCGAAGGUUUGAAAAUGCCGUCGCACAGACAAUACUCCAGUUUCCGAUGCUGCAAGUUGGGCUUGUCGGCGAGAGCACGAGAAGGCCCUCUUGGGUCUCGCUUCCGACGAUUGACCUGGCCGAUCACAUCCAGUGGCAUGUUCUCGCCGACUCAACGGGCUACGACGAGCAGUACAACGCAAAUCUUCUAUUUCAGCUUGAUGCCAAAUUCGAACACCUGGAGACUAAACCCGGCUGGAGGCUUCUUCUCAUGCGCACUGAAACAGACGGCUUCGUUGACGUCAUGUUCAUCUGGAAUCACGCAAACUGCGAUGGAAUGAGCGGCAAGAUUUUUCAUCUCUCACUCUUGCAAAGUCUCAAUCAACCCACCAACUGGGGUUCCUUUCUUCCGGACUCGAGCGCAAUCCCGACUGCGUUGACCCCGCAAGAUCUCCCUCUUCCCCAAGAGAAGUUGGCCAAACACCCCAUAACUCUCGGGUUUGCUUUUUCACAAGUAUGGCAUACCUUCGGCCCAUCGUUGCUCUCCUCCAAGUCGGCAAAGGCCACGUGGGCCCCUCUUCAACUCGGGUCAUAUGCUUCCCAAACAACUUCUUUCAACAUCCAAAAUGCAGCCCUUUGUCGUAUUCUUGCCGCCUGUCGCCAGCAUGAUACCACUUUAACCGGCCUCCUUCACGGCAUCAUACUGGCAUGUUUGGCCUGCUACGUCCCUGAAAACAAGGCCCGCGCUUUCACUGCCUCCACUGCAAUGGACCAGCGGAGAUUCAUGUACCCAAGACAAGACAAUGCAGCUGAUUCCCAGCGUAGCGUACAGAACUGUGUGUCGACUAUCCACCAUACGUUUGACUGCGACCUGGUGUCGGAGAUUCGGGCCAAAGCCCGAGCCAACAAUUGGGAAACCCAGCCUGUCCGUGAUCUUGAGAAGGAGAUAUGGUCAGCAUCAAGGAUCGCCCGUGGGGAUAUCGAGGAAAGGUUGAACGCCGGCCUGAAAAACAACAUUGUUGGCUUGAUGAAGCUGGUGCAUGACUGGCAGGAGUAUCACGGAGAUCAAGCAAAGAGGGAUCGCGAGUUAUCCUGGAUUGUAACCAAUCUCGGUGUUAUUGAUGGGGGAAGCGAGUCGGGGACAGAUGUGCAUGAUGGGAAUGAGAGGUGGUCUAUAAAUCAGGCGAACUUCGCCUUGAGCGCACACCUGGCGGGCCCAUUCGUGCAGGUAAGUGCCCUGUCUGUCAAAGGCCAUGAUUUGUCUGUUAGCCUUUCCUGGCAAGAUUCAAACGAGAGCAAUGAAACUUGUGCUCGACUGGCUCAAGGUAUGGAAGCCUGGUUGAGCUUUCUUGGACAAAGCGAUAUGUAG